AUGUCCUCCGGUAGUCCCAUGUACCCGUCUUUGACAGGGUCCGUCGAGCCCGCCAUGCUGGACAACGCCCAACAACAUCAUACCGAGGUGGAGAAUUCAACAUGGUAUCCACCAACAUCAUGCUACGAUCUCUCCAGUAAUGCGCCUUACCUCACCCCGAUUCCGACUUCAACGAUCGAAGAGCCACCAUAUCUUCCCAUGGCGCGCUCAUCGAUCCCCAGUAUGAACUACGGGAAUUAUCAUCACAUCUCCUACCAUCAUCAGCAAAUGACACCGCAGCCGGAGUCCAGUAGAUUCCCGGAUGUACAGGACGCACAUCGACCUCGAAGUAGCAUGUCUGUCCAAGACAUGGGCGGCAACAGCCUUGCCUGGACGACUUCGGCCGGCCUCGGAAUAUCUAGCUAUUCGACCGCUGGAGAGGUCACAUCACUGCCUGCUGCUGGCUACACGCCGAGCCUGCUCAGCAGUUAUCCCGAAACCGCAUACUACAGCCCGGCGAGCUCACUUGAUAUCCGACAGCCGCAACCUCGACGAUCAUACACCAGCAUCGCGCCAAAUCCCGACAGCAACACACCUUUCCUAACCAGCGUUCCUUCCAACGCUGGGACUCCCCUCUCCAGCUUGAACAAACGCAAACGACACUCGGACGCUGCCCUGAUCGACGAUCAACAGCGAUACCAGCAAUCGGCUCCUGCGGACGUGCCGACCCCCGCCUCCCACCACACGCCCAAGCGCACGAAACGAUCAUCGUCCGUCGACGGCCUCACCGACGAGGAGCGCUUCCUGGUGGGCCUCAAAGAAGAGGAAGGCCUCCCCUGGCGGGAGAUCGUAAAGCGUCACUACACCGACCGGGGCGUCACCAUCGCCGCCGCGGCGCUCCAGAUGCGUUACAAGCGACUCAAGGAGCGCAGCCGGCGAUGGGAGGAGAAGGACCUCGCCGCGCUCCGGAAAGCCCACCAGUACUGGGAGACGGAAAAGUGGCACAUCAUCAGCGAAAAGAUGCGCGAAUCCGGCCCCGAGUUCAACUGGAGCGCGCCCGCCUGCAGCCGUAAAUGGUCCGAACUCAGCGCCGCCGCCGCCGCCAACAGCCAGGGUCACAACAACGGCACGCCGGUCUCGCUGCCAUCCUAUUCGAGCCCGCUACAGUCGGCGGCGCAUUUCGCCUACCAGACAUGA